AUUAAAAUAGCUAACAAAAUGAAAGUAGGCGUAGCAAAGAGAUUUGAACAUCCGACAGUCAGCUAGUUGAUAGUUUAGGAUUCCUAAUUGCAAUGGACAAACCAUUUUCGGUGCUGUUUGUAUGUUUAGGAAAUACAUGUCGAUCUACGAUGUCGGAGGGUAUUUUUCAUCAUUUGGUAAAAUCUAAAGGACUCCAAGACCAAUGGAAUAUAGAUAGUGCUGGCAUAGCUAACUGGCAUGAAGGAAAACCCCCAGAUGAAUUUACAGUAGCAAUGUUACAGCGAAAUAAUAUGAUGGAUGGAUACCAUCAUAGAGCUAGACAGAUAACAGAAGCUGAUUUUACAAAGUUUAAAUUUAUUCUUGGAAUGGAUGAUUAUAAUUUAAGAAAGUCAGGUGUCUGCACUCUACUUGAUGUAUUUGAUGGUGGAGCGGUCAGCUGGGCUCGAACGCUGGUGGCCAGUAAGCUCAGUUGGUAGAGCACCUGACUAGAGAUUCAGGGAUCCAGGUUCAUUUGCAAUUCAUUCCUUUCAAUUAAUGAUAUUAAUAAUAUUCAUUAUUUCAAAUUUUGUUCACCUAUCUCAAAUUUUCAUUUAAAAAGUUUAAAAUAGAAUACAGGUAUUGUUACAUCUGCAUGUAUAGACACCAGACUACAUGUAUAUAUUCCUGUAUAUUUCAUCUGUCAAUACUCCUGGUCCAUAACUGACAAAAUUGCACCACUGUAACUCAGCCUUGCUUUGGAAAUUUAGUCUUAUUUACUGACAUCAGGAGAUCUAAGCAGAAAAACUAGAAUUAGAGUUUUUUCAAAUUUUAGCCGAUAGUAAUUUAAAUCACAUUGUCUUGGAAUUUCUUUAUUUUCAGUGACCUUAAAAAAGUAUUACCACAGCAGUGUUGAGCAAAAAUUCAGUUACUAGGGCAGUAUGAUAUUAAAGGGGAAGAUCCACAAAUUUAUGAUCCUUAUAUGGCAAGUAAUUUAGAGCUCUCUCUCUUUCUCUCUCUCUCUCUCUCUCUCUCUCUCUCUCUCUCUCUCUCUCUCUCUCUCUCUCUCUCUCUCUUUUGGUUAUAGUUUAUAAUGCUCCCCAAAACAUUAAGGGGGAGCAUAUAGUCAGCCUCAUAUCUGUCCAUCCGUUCGACCUCAUAUCUUCCAACGCUUUCGUUAGAUCUAGAAAUUGCUCACAAAUAUUCCUUGAGACAAGAACUUUUGAGCAAAUUUGAGUCUUUCAAGGUAAUUUUGGAAAGGUCACUCAGAACUCAGAAGAAUAAAAGCAAUAUUCUAGCCUUAAAUCUGUGUUAUGUAAACAAAGACUUGAGUCUUUUAAUGUACAUACUAACAAACCAAUGAAAUAUUAAUUUUGUAAUAUAAAGCCACAAAGUUUAACUUGUAGAUGACACAUUUUACCCAAGGAAUGCUUGAAAUGUGAAAGAUAUAAUAAACUUAGAUCAAUAUCCAUUUCUUUUAAAAAAUUUGUAAACAAUAACAUACCGCAAUCUUUGUUUACAAAACAAGUAAUAAACUCUCUAAAAUGAGCUUCUGUGAUAAUGUAUAACCCUAAUUUUUAUAUGAAAUCUUUUAAACACACUAGACAUGCAGUAGGUUUUGAUCAUUGAAAGUGAAAAACAAAAUUUUUGGGAAAAUCGUUAAUCCGUACCUUUAAGCUGCAUAGUCUUGAUUAGAUACAUGUCAUUAAUUAUAUUGUUGUGUAAUUUCUCAGUCAGAAAUUGAAGUAUUUGAGGAAGUAUACACCAAAUGUCUCCGAUGUUGUCAGAGAUUCCUGGAGUCUCAAACCGACCAGCUUCCACGGACAGAACUGUAAACGCAAUAUAUUGUGUGAUUAUUUAUUUAUUUAUGCGCAAUAUAAUGUUACAAUUAUUUAUUAGUUUAUUUUUACGCAAUACAAUAUUUGUUUAUUUGUUCUUGUAUUUGACGUAUAACUAUAGGCAUGCACUUGUAUAUUCUCAGUACAGACUCAGGUGUUCUCACGUCUCCACUUUUCUUACUGUGAUACAAAGAAUUUUUAAGGAUAUAAUAAUCAGUAUAUAUACAUAUAUGACCUAAUUAAAUUGAUUAUUUCUGUUUUAGAUUUGUUUUUAACUUACUAUUAAAGUAAUUCUAUAGUGUUAACUAUUGAUCUCAUGUAUGAAUCAUUGAAAUGUAUACAUGUAUUUAUGCGAUGUAUUUAAUUUUAUUAAAAUUGUUGAAGACGAAUAAAUUUUUAUAGAAGAAUUAA